CAUAUACAACAAUGACCCAUACGUAUACUUGAAUAUACUACAAUAGAAAUUUCGUUAAGUUUCGUGUUUACUGUACAAUGCAAUUGCUGUCAAAAUAUCAAUUUCAUCUUGUCUUUUCACUUUUAUUCACUACUGUGUUUGGACAGAUAUAUGAAGAAGCAGUUCCAAGAAUUCGUAGAGUAAGUGGAGGAAGAACUGCAUCAGACAAAGAAAUUUCAUUUGCGAUAGCUUUAUUCCAUAAGAAUGCAUACAUUUGUACAUAUUCUUUGAUUACACUGCAAACUGCACUGGGUGCUGCUCAUUGCCUGAGGAAUACAAAAGUAGGUGACCUUCUUGGAACAAUAGGAAACGGAAAUAAAAUACUUGGGAAAAAAAUAUCAUUUAGCGCUAUGUACAAACAUCCAUUUUUCAAACCAUCGGGAUUUCACGAUAUUGCAACUUUAAUUUUACGGAAACCAAUUGAAAAACAACAAAUGCCUAACGUAUCACCAAUUGCUCUUCCAUUAACGGAUAGAGAAUUCGUAAAAGGAACGGCUACGGUUGCAGGAUGGGGUAGAACAGAUAGUGAAAAUGAGUCAGAUAUACUUCAGAUAGCGGAAGUUCAAUUAAUUGAUCCUGAUCCUUGGAUACACGUUUAUCCUCGUUUAGAUAAAUCCCAAAUUGCUGUUAUUGCUGAAGGGGUAAUUUUAUAUUCUGGAGAUUCAGGUGGACCUUUAAUUUAUGUAACAAAAGAAGGAUAUCAAGUUAUAAUUGGUGUUUCGAGUUACAGCCUUAGUAAUGCAACAAUUCCUCACAUAUUCUGUUCCACGGGAAAACAUCUUGAAUGGAUAAAAGUUUAUACUGUUGGAAAACUCACAUUUAGAGAUGUGUAAUAAAUUUCGAU